AUUGCCCGUAUAGGGUAUGCAAAAUGAGAAAUAAACAAAAGCAGAGCAAAAUUGGCAUUAUGAGCACUCCGAAAAUAAAAUAGAAUUAGCCCCAAAAAUAGUACUCCGUCACAUCUUCCAUCAGAACAGAAAGAAAGGUGAAGGAUCGAUCGAUCAGCAGCUCCUGAGUGAAUCAAAAUUGAUCUUGAAUCGGACGAUUAGAUGCUAGGCAUUUCCACCUCCAAUUCGUAUUUAUUCCUGCCUCUUCUUUUGGUGUUGUAAAGUAAAGGAUGUCGAGGCCAAUGUUGCUGGUAUUCUUGUUGCUGAUACUUAUAAUUACUUCUCAGUUCGAGUGGAGGCAACAGCUUGUUAGCGAUGUCGAGUCCAAUCAUACUUUAUCUCUGAAACAGCACCGCAUUUCCAAGCGAGAAGAAGCUGUUAAAGAGAAGAUCAUUUUAUCUCAAGAGAAGAGCAUUCAGAAACUCAAUGAGCUUGUACGAAGUCUGCGAGAACAGUUAUCAGAGUGCCGUAGUAGUAAUGAAACUGUAAACAGCAGUUUAAGCAAUCUAACUGAAAGUAUCAUAGAGCUUGAACGACAGCAGUUUUUGGAAGAUUAAACAAUAUUCCAUUAGAUCUUGUCGUAGGAGGGUUUGUAUGUUUUUUUGCUCCCUUCAUUCAUGCCCCAUGUCUGUCAAUGUAAUAUGUUUAACAGCGUAUAGAUAGCUACCUUAUGCCAGUGUCGCCAUAUUUGUGGUCAAAUGCUUUUCAUACAGUCAAGCAGUAACUACAUUGUAUCUUAUAUAGGCAUGUCAUUUUGUUCUUAAUAUUUGUCUAUUUGAUACGAAACUCUUAAAGAUUAAGCUUUGAUUACGAAGAUGAGGCAUUGAAAUUGGUAUUCAUUCUUCUGGUCUGUUGUAAAUUGAAAUUGGUAAUCAUUUUUCUGGUUUGAUGUAAAUUGAAAUUGGUAUUGGUUUAGUGUUU